AUGCGCCUUUUAAAAACUACCACCCUCCAAUUAGAGGAGUUUCCCCCGGACAGGAUUCCACCUUACGCCAUCCUCUCUCACACCUGGGGCGCAGACGAAGUUUUAUUUGAAGAUAUUCGCAGCAACGCUGCUGAUAAAAAGGCAACAUGGACCAAAGUGAAGGAAACAUGCAGGCUCAGCCUCGAGCGCGGAUUGGAGUACGUCUGGAUCGACAAUUGCUGCAUAGAUAAGAGCAGCAGUGCCGAAAUUUCUGAAACUAUCAACUCCAUGUUCAUGCACUACGAAGAAGCAGCUGUUUGUUUGGCCUACCUAUCCGACGUCCCAUUUGGACAUGCUCUAGAGGAACCGGGCUCAACCCUGGACCAAAGCCGAUGGUUUACUCGGGGCUUUACCUUGCAAGAGCUGAUCGCCCCGUCGGAAAUCAUAUUUCUCUCCCAGGAUUGGCAUGAGAUAGGUACGAAACACUCUUUGCGGAAGGCCCUUUUCCGAAUCACUCGUAUCGAUGACGACAUUCUUAUGAAUCAAAAGUCACUGGAAUGUGUCAGUGUUGCCAGGCGGAUGUCCUGGGCGGCUCAUCGACGAACCACGCGUCCCGAGGACAUCGCAUACUGUCUGAUGGGUAUUUUCUCCGUCAAUAUGCCCAUGCUCUACGGGGAAGGUAGCACGAAAGCCUUUUUGCGCCUCCAAGAGGAGAUUAUGAAGCACUCAGACGAUCAGUCGAUCUUUGCCUGGGUCAAAACUGAUGCGUCGCCUUCAUCUCUUCAUGGCUUGAUGGCUACCUCACCUGCGAAUUUUGCAGGAUGCUCAGACAUUAUACCGUAUCAUGACUGGGUACCGCGAGAGCCUUACUCCAUGACAAACCGAGGUCUUCAAAUCGCGCUGCCUCUCACUCCGACCAAGGGCGGUCUCUAUGUCGCACUAUUGGACUGCCCAAGUCCGCCGCAUUACACGGGGUUUCUAGGCAUAUUCUUGAAGCGACUCUCGGAGGUGGACGAGCAGUAUGCUCGUGUCAAGAUUGGAACUCUAGCCCAAGUGCAAGAUCCAGGCCCUACGAGCACCAUCUACGUUCGCCAGACGAUCAAGUCUGAUAUCGCUGGCCUAUAUCCUAGACACUGUAUCCAGCUCAGAAGUCUUCCACCCAUCGGUGGUCCAUAUGAGCUCACAAAUAUUGCCGCCAUGCAAGGCAAGAAAGAGCUGGCACCAGCCCCCAUUCUCUCCACUCGCGACAAUCACACGAUCGCGGUCUCUAGAUUUCCAAAGACCUUUCUCCUCGACAAGACUGCCAAUUCACUGUGUGCUGGAGUUGUUUUUAAAUGUUUCGAAGACAUCAUGGUGUAUGUGCUCUUGGGGUCUGACGCGAAUUUCGGCGUCGGAUUCAACGUGGUUGAAGGGGAUUCAGUAAUGGACAACCUAUGUUACCCACAGUAUCAGCCCCUUGCUGCCGGGGCAUGGGUUACAUUAGAGCACAGCAUGGUUCAUGUCACGGCCGAGCCUCGUGUUCACAAUUCUACAAAAUACUUUAUGGUUGAUAUUGAGAUUCGAAAGAUCGGUGGGUCUACUAAUCCACUCCACGUUCUUUCGGAUAUCUUAUCACAUCCUCCCGUGGAGCGACCUGUGCGCAUCGUAGAGGAAAGCGAUAAGCCCCAGCCUGCCAUGUCCAAAUACAACUGGCGACGAAUGAUCCACAGUACCAAAUCAGAUAAACAACUUGCUUGA